AUGGGGGAGGCGACUGACUUGCGCGAGUUGUACCGCGCGUACUGCGUGGAGGAGGGGUGCCGCGUGAACUCGGCCGUGCUGCGGUACAUCGAGGAGCGCGGGGCGAGGUGCCCGCUGGAGCGGCUCGAGCUCGGCAGCAACUACCUCGGCGCCCGCGGCCUGCGCCCGAUCAUCCGCCUCGUGGCGCACUCCCAGACCCUGACGCACCUCGACCUGGCGGGCAACGGGGCCGACAACGCGACGGUGGAGCGGCUCUGCGACGUGCUGGAGGGGCACCUGGGGCUGGAGUACCUCAGCCUGCGCGGGAACCCCGUCACGGCGGCGGGGGGGAAGCGGGUGCUGGCGCUGGUGGAGCGCAACCCACGCAUCCUCGGCGUCGACCUCGCAGACACCGACGUCUUUGAGGCCCUCGUCUACAAAAUCACCGCAGCCACGGAGGCCAACCGGCAGCGCGCCAUGAAGGAGACGCCGCAGCUCAUCUUGGCGGAGGCCGACGGGACGCAGAUGUCCCGCGGACACAUCGGAGGGCCCGCCGCGGCGCGGCUCUCGGUUGAGAAGCCCUCCCUAGUCGCCCUACCCGCCGUCGCGCGGGAGUCGGCGAGGAAGGAGGCGGUCGCCAAGGAGAGCGGGCAGCUGCCGCGCUGGGCAACCGGGGGACCGGCGUUCACCAAGUCGCAGCAGAGGCAGCCGAUCCCUGCGCUUGCCUCGAAGGAGGCCGGGCGACUGCCGGAGUUGCAGCGGCAGGAGCUGCAGCGUCGCUACAAGGAGAAGGCGAUGCUGUUUCGCGAGAUCAACAGCAGCGAGGCAAGUAAGGCGGCGGACCGUGCACGGGAGGAGUUGAUGUUGCUGGAGAAAACCACGCGGAGCCCUGUUUACCGCAGGAAGUGGGGCUCUAAGACAAUAACGGCGACGACGGGGGCAUCCCCGACGACUACCGCAACCGCAACCACAGCGGCGACAGCGACAGCGACGACGGUCUUGAAGCAAGAGCAGCUGCCUCAGCCUGUUUCCGCGCAGUCACCCGAUGUCCCCGAGACACCGAGCACAGUCACCUACACGGAUGCUGGACUUUUGCCGCUACAGCAGCAGCAGCAGCAAGAGGGGAGGGAGGGUCUUGAGCCGCCUGCUCGGCGAGAGCAAGAGCCCGCUGUGGUUAGCCUUAACACCGUGGAGGAUGCGGUGAUGCAAAGGAGAAGCGGCGACAAUCAUGAGGUCGGCGCGGAGGUGGCCGUUGAUGCAGAUGGAGAUGCGCUCGCUGUGGCCCCAGCUGAGCCGACACUCGAGGAGGCGGUUGCAGUUAAGCCCACGGAAUCCGCGGUGAGUGGGAAGAAUGCGCUUGAAGACAUCCCACUAGAUAUGUUGCGCGAGACGCCUGAGUGGAUGAUGCUUGACAGCGGCGAGCAAUUUCAGCACCUCUUCGACAGCGGCUGCCGCGCCUACGUGAGACACGACUUUGACGAGGCCUACACGGCGUGGAACGAGGCGAUGGGGAUUGCGGUGAAGAAGAAGAACCGGGAGUGGAUGGCGGUCCUCUCAAGCAACCUAAAGCGGCUGAGUUACGAAAUGCUGGUGCGUGAGGGGAUAGAGCAGCUCGAGCAGGGCGAACUCGAGGAGGCGGACGUGAUCUUUCAACGAGCCCAGGAGGUGGCGCAGGAGGCACGCAACGCCAAGUGGGAGGCCGACAUGUCCAAGGCACGGAAGGAUGUGCAGCACGCCGUCUUUCAGCGCUGCCACGAGGCGGCGCUGAAGGUGUUCGAGCGGGCGCAGAAGCUGGUCGAGCAGAGGGUCACCGAGGACGACUACUUCGUUGUGCCCGGUACCGACGUGAUGGUGCAGCACACGGAGCGGUACGUGAAUGAGUGGCCCCGCAUGCUGCUCGUGAAGGAGGCGGUGGAGAUGUGGGCGGCGUCGCGUCGCGUGCUUGAGCGCAUCGGUGGCGCGGACUGCCGCGUGCUGCAAGGCAUUGUGGAUGAGGCCCUCCACACAGUCGCCUGCUUCCUCGCGAAGCGCUGCUUUGACACGGAGGACACGCAGUCGCUGAGCUGGAUGCGCACCGCCUCCUACAGCUGCCACGAGUGCGUCAUGCUGAGUGCGCUCUGGACGGACAUGGCCUCCUGCGACAACUUCGCCAAGCACCACAAACACUUCGCCGCCCUCGCCGCCGCGCAGAUCGGCAACUUUUACCUCGCCACAAACCAACUCGCGCACGCCCAAACGCAGUUUGACACGUUGGAGACGUUGGCGGGGGAGCUCGACGACCCGCUGCUGCGCGCCGCCGGGCACACCUUCAGCGCCAUCCUCAACUGGCAACGCUCGCGCUACGCCGCGGCGGAGGCGCUGCUGCGCGCGGCGGUGCUGGAGUGGGGUGCACUUCGUGACUCCCUCGCCUCCUCGCGCGCCAGUGAGACCGGCGACGAGGCGAGUGCCGAGAGGGGUUUGUCGUCCUCGUUGCUUGCCGCCGUGCCAGCGGACUACGUCGCCAUCAUGGAGUCCGUCAGCUUCAAGUACCUCGUCUCCAGCAUCGCGAGCACGUACCGCUACAGUGAGGCGCUGGAGGUGCUCGAGCGCAGCCUGGUGUGCAAGCACCGCGACCUCCUCUUUGACAAGAUGCGGGUGAACUUCAGCGCCCAGCCGACGCUGGAGCACAUCGUGGCGACCUCGUCGCAGAUCCGGUCCCCGUUCAUCUACCAAGUGGCGACGCACCGCUACGAGUGGUCGGCGGCGGAGCGGCGCUACGCGGUGAGUGAGAAGCUGCUCAUGUGGGUGGUGCCGCAGCGAAAUGAGAUGCGGUUUGUGGAGGUUGACGUCACAAAAGACUUCAAGGUGGCCUCCAUCAACGAGCUCGUCGAGACGCUGCGCCGGGGGCUUCUGCUCGACCCGCUCUCCUCCAGCAGCACCACGCAGGGCGAGAUCCAGCAGACGCUGCCGAAGCGUGCCUGGGUGGAGCCGCUGCAGACGCUCUACGCCAUCUUUGUCGACCCCGUCGUGGAGUUUCUUCGCGCCCUUGACCCGCUCUUUCUGAGCAAAAACGGCGUCAUCACGCUUAUCCCGACGGAGCAGCUGUGGCUGGUGCCCUUUCACGCCCUCAUUGCACGCAACGGCAACUUCCUCGUGGAGGACUUCGCGGUGCAGAUGGUCUUCUGCGCCACCCAGUGCGCCUUCUCCGCGCUGAGCGCCAAACGCGUGCUGCAGCGCGACCUGCAGCGCGACGUGGUGUUGGUGCAGCGAGAGUCCGACACCCCGGCGAUGCAUCUGCUCUCGCAUGUUGCCUUCCCAUUUGACUCACUGCGUUCGCAAAAGGAGGGGGAAGUGAUUCUGCGCACGCUCGCGGAGCACAAGCGCAGCGUACACCAGAGCUCCCGCACGACAGACUCGGUCUGCGUGACGACGAGCUCCGAGACGCUGGUGGAGGACCUGGACACAUUCAGGGAGCUCCUGCCGAAGAGUCGCACGGUUUUUAUCGCGACCUCCACUACGAGUUCCACACGCAACGACGAAAAUAGUGCCGGUGCCAUCUGCAUCGCGCUCUCGCAGGACAAGAUUGACCUGCUGCGCUCCUCAGAGGUCGCACGCAUGCGGCUGUUUGCGGAGCUGGUGGUGAUGAGCAACACAAACAUGUCCACCACACGUGUGGUGGGCACGCACGACGACGUGCAGGGGCUCAUUCGUGGGUUUUUCUCCAGCGGGGUGCCGUGCGUCAUCGUGGGACAGUGGUGCACGCCCGACAUGGUUCCCUCCGAGCUGUUUUCAAAGUUCUUCCAGCUGCUGUCGGAGGCAAACAAGCUGCCGCCGCGCAGCGCCACCAGCCGUGCCGCAGCGGCGGCUGCGGCUGCGGCUGCGGCUGCGACGCUCGGGGUGAAGGCCGCCUCCGCCGACGCCGCGGGGCUGACGAGGCCCGCGGGGCCGGGCGACGAGGAUGACGAGUUCGGCGGCCACGACGCGGCAAGCCUGCACCGCCACAAGGCGCUGCUGCUUGCAUGGGCCAUUCGGGCGCUGCUGGAGGACAACUUCUUCCGCUACUCGCCUCGCACCUGGGCGGGCUACUGCUGCGUCGGCUACGGGUCGCAUCAGUAG